AUCUCUCUCUCUCUCUCUCUUCUUUAUUUUCUUGGCCUUUCUAUUACCUUCUUGUUUUCUAGCUUGUCUUGAAGCUGUAUCUACCUUAAUUUAGUAAAACAUUCUCCAGUCUUGAUCUGCUUUAUCUUGGUUUUCUUGUGCUAUUCAUCGUAAUCAAUUUUAGCCCUUUUACUUAGUUGUUUUUUCCUUUUCUUUAAGGAAAAAAUAAAACAGACUGAUCUCCGACGAUCGAUCCGGCUAAAAUGUCAAUGGAAAUGACCUCGGAACGUGUUUGUUAUGUUCACUGCAACUUCUGCAACACCAUUCUAGCGGUUAGUGUUCCAUGCGGCAGCAUGUUCACCAUUGUGACUGUCAGAUGUGGGCACUGCGCAAAUUUGCUGUCUGUCAAUAUGGGAGCUUUGCUCCAGUCUGUUCACCUCCAAGAUUUCCAGCUCCAGAAACAACAAUCCGUUGUGGGCGAAGCCACUAUUAGAGACAUUGGAUCAUCCUCAAAGUGCAGCAGGUUUGGUCCAGUACCGCAGGUUGAUCAGGAACAACCUAAGGCGGCUCCCAUACGUCCUCCCGAGAAAAGACAACGUGUUCCAUCUGCCUAUAACCGAUUCAUAAAAGAAGAGAUUCAGAGGAUAAAAGCGAGCAAUCCUGAAAUCAGCCACCGGGAAGCUUUUAGUACAGCUGCAAAGAAUUGGGCACAUUUUCCUCAUAUUCAUUUUGGACUAAAGCUGGAGGGCAAUAAACAAGCAGCAAAGCUGGACCAUCAAGUUGCUGCAGCAGAAGGGACUGAAAAAUCUCUUGGUUUCUAGCUACCAAUAUUAUUUAUUAUUAACUACCAAAAAGAAAAUUAUAAUUAAUUAUAAUAAUUAAAAAAAGUUGCAGCUUUCCUUCCAUCCCAAAAAUUAGUAUGAAAUUUGUGGCAUUUUCCAUCCCUCUUAUCUUAAAAUUACUUUAAAUUUGUAAUUGUCUCAC